AUUAUUAAUUUAUGUAUUGAUCUAUGAAAGAAAUGAGAGAAUGAAGGCUAUAAAACGACCGAGAGUGUCGACGAGAAUUGGCACAACGCACCAUGUUAGUCCUAAAGAUGGCGGCAUGUCAUCAGUGCUGUGCUGUGCUAUGAAAAGUCUGACCACCUCAAGACUUCAAAUACCAUCAACCAAAUAGCAAACCUAACCGAUUAGUCUAGAAACAAGUAAAAACUAAUGAUUCAGCUUAACGUAGAUUAUAGCACCAAAGCAACCUAAACAAGUCAUCCCAAGCAAGCACAACUGCCAAUUAAGUCCAAGGUAUUCACAAGCGGUAGAAGAAAGCGUAAUACUACAACUAUCGUGUAAAUGUGAAGACUAAGGCUGGCACACACCAUUGGCACUCGAAGCACGGCACAAGCUACUGACUGACAUCUGAGGACCAGGAAACCCCCACAUAAGCCAGUUAAAACUGCCAAGCCACAAGUCUUCUCUCUACAAAGCCUGGCUUGAUAAAUAACUUACUGAAAGUGUUCCUCCAAACACCGCCCCUUCUGUCAAGAUAUCUGUAACUCGGUCUCGUCGUAAGAAUCUGUGUUAAGUAGAAUCUUUGUUUACCAAAGUUUGUGUGUUUGUAUUAUUUUGCUAUAAUCCUAUUGACUGAUGGGAAAGUAAACUCGUAUUUUCUGUUUCGUUUUCUUUUUUUUUUUCAUCAUUCGAUUUACUUAGUUAACAUGUGAAAGAUGAUGAUGAUCUACUGAUACUCUUAGAACGUUUUAAAUACUCUAGUUUUUUUAAGGCCCUUGUGGACUUGAUAUCAAAAUAUAAAGAAAUUUUAGAUUUGUCCUGUGCACUUCUCUGUGAAUCGUGUCAUUCGUGUUCCUAUUAUAUCAAGAAGUAUAACAAAACUUGUGAUCAAGAAGCUUAACAAAGAAAAAGUCCUCACUAUGGAUCCUCAGUGGAAUCUCUUCCAGCCGCCUAUCUCUGAACCAGCAGUACUGGACUACAACGGGGGAUCGCUUCACCACGGCCGAUACAACGGGUUCUAUGACUCCUCAAAUUACAAUCGCAAUCAGUCGCGCAGCGUGCCUCCCAUAUCUCCGAGCUACACGGCCCCGGCGCAGCACAGUGUGUUUUCGCCUCACAUGAAUAACCAGUCGAACCCACAGCCAAGUCAUCAAUCCAACCACCACCAGUCCAGCCACCACUUGAAUCAAAACUCGCAACAGGCAACCCAAACGCCACCGACUCAGGGUCCUCCCCGCUCCCCACAGCUAACCUCUCCGUCGUCCAACUACUACACCUCCAACUCCAGUUCCCAGUACACGCCUCCUGUUGCCGACUUCAAGAUCGGCACGUUCACCUUGAACGGUUUCAACAGUGACACCAACACGACCACCAAUCAAGAGACCAACAAUUUCUCCCACACAAAUGGAGUUGGGAACAGCCAGAGUGCCCGGGAGACUGGGAUCAUUGAGAAACUUUUGCAAACGUAUGGAUUCAUCCAGUGCUGUGAACGCCAAGCACGACUGUUCUUCCACUUUUCUCAGUUCGACGGCAACACUGAACACCUGCGAAUUGGUGAUCCUGUUGAGUUUGAGGUGACCUUUGAUCGACGAACUGGGAAACCAAUUGCCUCUGCUGUCACGAAAAUCUCGCCAGAAGUGGUGUUGAGUGAAGAACGGGUGAUUGGAAUAGUUACAACAGAACUGCGCAGUGAGUCCGGUGGAGAACACCAGGGGCGCAUCACUUACGAAAACCGUGGGGAGUGCUUCUUCCUGCCGUAUGGCAAGGAGGACGUGGAAGGAUAUGUUACGCUCAAACCAGGCGAUAAAGUCAGCUUUCAAAUUGCUACUAACCAAAGCAGGACAGGCAACCUAGCUGCAAGGCACGUGCGGUUGGAAAACCCAGCACAGCCUGUGAAGUACCAAGGUAUUGUCAAUACAAUUAAAGACUCUUACGGUUUCAUCGAAAGAGCUGACGUUGUAGACGAAAUUUUCUUUCACUUCUCUGAAGCAAAGAAUAUUCCAUCUGGACUGAAGCUGGGCGAUGAUGUGGAAUUCUACAUCCAGACGAGAAAUGGAAAGGAAGUUGCAACCAACAUGGUCAAGUUGAAUCCAGGCACAGUUGUUUUUGAAGACAUUAAUCCAGAACUGAUAAAAGGUCAAGUUCUUAAGCCUGUGGAAAGAAAUCCUAGGCACAGUCAAAAGGAUCCACUGACUGGGCGAAUUAGAUACAGAGGGAAGGAUCGCUCAGAGGUUGAAGUCAAGUUUGGGGAGAGAGAUCAGAAAGGUGAUUUCACUUUGAGACACGGAGAUUGGGUUCAGUUCAACAUAGCCACUGAUCGACGAGAUCACCUUCAGAAGGCAACAAAUAUAUCCUUGUUGGAUGAAAGUUUCACUGUAUCUGGAGAGAAGAGGGAGCAAGGUAUCAUUGUUGCAGCAAAAGAAGAUUUUGGUUUUAUCAAGUGUGCUGAUCGGGAAGCAAGGAUGUUCUUCCAUUACAACGAACUUCUCGACCCUGAGGGUGAUAUAACGCUCAAUGAUGAGGUCGAAUUCACUGUAGCUCAGGAUAACUCAAGUCAAUCGCCCAAUCGGCAAAGUGCUAUUCGCAUCCACCGUUUACCAGUUGGCACUGUAAAGUUUGAAGUGCUUUUGAAGGAAGAUCUGCAAGGCACAAUUAUAACAGAAGCCCCAGCUAGUCCACGCAACUCAUUCAAGAAUGGGCGCACAUCACCUUCUGAGAAAGUGCAAGAACCUUGUGUCAUAUCGUACACACUGGACGGAGUGAAGCAAAAUGUAAAUUGUUAUGCCAUAAACAACUGUGAUAAACCUCCUGUUGUUGGAGACAAGGUUGAAUUCAACCUGUAUCAAGUGAAGCGAUCUAAGGAGUUAGUAGCUAUGGACCUGCGUAUAGUGCGAGGGCAGCCCAAUGCAAGGCAACCAACAGUAAUAAGCAACAAUAACUCUACACCUGUGAUAAUCCUUCCAGCUGGGAAAAUGAAGAUGAAUGCUUCCAAUGCCUCAAAUUGUAAUGGCAAUGCAAAUCUCAGUACCAAUGGCAAUGUAGUUAAUGGAACUAGUAACAUGAAUGGGUGUGGCUCAGGACCUCGUUCUUCAAGUACUCUUCACCAAGGUUUUGUGGCAGCUCUGAAGGACACCUUUGGGUUUAUUGAAACAAUAGCACAUGAUAAGGAAAUCUUCUUCCACUUCAGCAAUGUGGAAGGGGAUGCCAACAACCUGGAAUUGGGCCAAGAAGUAGAGUACACCUUAUCCUCGCGCACGGGACCAGGCGGUAAAGUUUCAGCUGAAAAUGUGCGUACCUUAAAUAAAGGUACACUUCCUAUGCCAAAGGUUAUGGGUGACAUAUUUGAAGGCACUGUGUUAAGGUCCAUGCGUUCCAUCAACCCUGAUCAACAGGAGUACUGUGGUUUAAUAUGUAUUGGUAAUGAAGAUGAAGGCUUGGCUCAGUAUGAAUUUGGAAUCACUGGUCUCGUCAACAAAAGGGAGCUGCUGCAGCCAGGAGACCAAGUCACCUUCCAACUGGAUGAGUCUCGUCGAGCAGUUCUUAUACGAGCCAUACGCAAGAAAUUGAUAGCUACUGUGGAUGCUGUUAAAGGUCAGUAUGGCUUCCUUAACUACGAAACUGAAGAAGGCAAGAAACUGUUCUUCCACCAGUCUGAAGUGAAGGAUGGCACAUCUUUGAGUCCUGGUGAUGAAGUGGAAUUUGUCAUCAUCACUAACCAGAAGACCGGAAAGUCAGCUGCAUGCAGUAUAUCACGUAUUAUGUCAAAGAACGCUCCAACACAACGACCUGAUCGCCUCAUUAGCCGUCUAAAGAAUUUGAACUGCGACUCAAGUAAACCACGCUUGAGUGUUUUGCGUCAGCCGAAAGGUCCCGAUGGCAGCAAGGGUUUCAAGUUACAACGCACAACGUCAGACUCUCAGAAUUUGGCUGUCUCUUAGCUUCAUUGUGUUCAGGAAAUAGAAAUCAAAGACAGUAAUAAUCUAGGUCAUCUUUGUCAGUUUCUGUUCCUUUGAUUCUCUUGGUGUUAGUCUUUAUAAAAUUGUUAAGCUGUCUUUGGAGACCUUAGCAUUGGAAACACUACUUGCAUUCCACUCAGUAGGCUUCUUUAAAUUGUGACGAGCAAAUAGGAAUGAAGCUGAAAGUUGCCAGCAGCAAAAUAUUUAUCAUUUUUGAAAAUCCUGGAGGUACCAUUUGAAAAAGAAAAAAAAAAAAAAAAGUGAGGUUUUGCUUCAAUGUUGAGAAGUAAUUUUGAGGAGAAAACUAGCAGUAGCAACACUGGUGAUAUGACUCGUUAAAUAGUCACGGCUCGUCGGGUCACGAAGUGCAAUGCCCUGCUGUAACCCAGUAUUGCUAAAAAAAUAAAAAAAAAAUCUUGAGUGAUUGUAACGAAUGUGUUCUUGCAACCAAGUUUUCCUACGGAGGCCACUUACAGCGAUGGGAACUAAACUCUACUUUUGCUUUUGUUACUUGCCAAACGUCUUCAUAGUUUAUAGUCAUGGCUUUGUAUGCUGUAGGUUAUCAUCACCAUAAAAACCUUUUUUUCAGAAAACAUAGAUGUAAUGAUUGUCUCCAAAGCGAGUGUGUGGCGUCGUGAUGAUAUUCAUGCUAUGGCAUUUCUUCAAAUGCAGAGUGACUGUUGUUAUCUUGAUAAUUGAAGAAUGAUAUAAAAAAAAAUAAUUGUUGUGUAAUUUAGGCUAACUUGCACAACUGAGCUUGAUAAAAGUUUCCCCAAUUUUCAUGGUAGUAGUAGUGACUAUUUUGAGUGCAGAACAAUCCCCUGAUUGUAUUAUACAGUACAUGGCUUUAAACAGUACUAUUAUUCAGUCUUGAAUGUGAAGCACUACUUAACCACCUUGCUUAAGAUUUCAGUGUGUUACUGAUUAAUAAUAAUAAUAGUAGUUUAGAAAAAAACUGUCGACAGUCAUCAGAGUCCUUUUAAAAAAAUACAAAGUAGCCGUUCUUGUGUCCUUGGGUAUUUUAGUUUGGUACUUUGGUGCUUUGGGAAGUAGUAAGAACACCACAGUACAAAAUGUUUCUCUCAGUAAACCCCUAAGUAUCCUUAGAUGAAGAACAUCCAGGGGAAGGAUUUUAUUGCCUUGAGCACGAUGGAUAGGUUAGGUUUUAGUAUGCCUUCAUCUGACCAUUCUAGUUUACUCCCUAUUUCACUCAUCGAGGACGGAUUAACCCCCUGUGAAAUAAAUGGAAGAAAGUUAGUUGUGAUCUUGUGUAGUUUUAGCAUGGUAGUUUUUUAAUGAGAUUUUAAACUGAGUUGUGAUAUUUUUAAAUAGUUGUUGCUCUGUAUUAAACGAAAUUUCUUAGUGUAAACUGAAAUAUCCAGGGAUAAUGAGAACUCAUGUGUGUAUAUUUAGGUGGAUAGCAAUUCUGAGUCUAGUGUAAGAUCAAAGUCUCAACAAAGGUGAUUCAGUAAUACUUAAACCAGAGAAAAUUAACUUUUUAUGGUAUUUGAUUGUACUGUAUUGUAGUUUUAUCAUUAGGCAAGGUUGAUUUUUAAUAUCUGGAACAUCCAAAGUGCUCAUACCUUUACUUCCUUAUGCUGAGACCCAAAAUUGUUUAUUCCAGUUAGCGAAGAACUGAUGUACUGCAAAUGAGUUUCCAUAUUUAUACCUCAACAAUAAGGCUGUGUUCAAGUCUGUGAUCCCACGCAACUAGAGGGAUAAAUACGCAAAAGAGACGUAUUUAUACAUAAAUGCACUUGAAGAUACUGUUGUGUUAACUACAUUUAACCUUGCCUGUAACAUUACAUCAAGAAUAUAAACCAGAUCUAUAGAAAAUGGUGAUUUAAAGUCAUUUUAUCUUGACUGGUCAGUUUGUGGACGCCUGUGACCCAUUUUGAUACAGUUUUAACUUUGUUUACUGGUAGCAGGAUCUUUUGGUCGUGUGACUUUUUUGAGUUUCCUUGCAGGUUAAAGGCAAUGCAAAUAGAAUGUUUACAUAAUGCAUUACUUUUCAUGCUACCAAAAGACUUCAAAAACAGGAGUAGGUAUCAAUACACACCUGAUUUAUUUUGGUAGCUUCUCUUUAUAAUGUAUGUAAGUUGAUUGAGGGGACCCAUACACAAGGUAAGGGUAGGAAUAACGAUGUGGGUAUUUUUGCCGUAAAAAGACACUAAAAGUUGGUUGGAUUGAACAUCAUAUGAGUUUUUUUUCUCACAUGCAUAAUGGGAGAGAGUUGUAGAUGCAACACAGCCUCUCUCAUCAACCGAUGUCAGAAGUGUAUAUACCACUCCUCCAUAGAUAUGGCUUGUUAUCUUUUUUUUUCAAAUGCUUGUUAGUAGUAUGGUGUCUAGUAUUUUGGAACUUGUUUUAGUCAGUGAGUGUAUAAAUCAGAUGUUUUGAGAACAUUCGACCAGUACUCCAUAUUCCGUUCAGAAUUGAAGUCAUGCUUCAAGAGUCAAUGAAAGAUGAGAAAUUUUAGUGUGAAUUACCUUGCAGUUGGCAUUGGUUAAAAUUGAAGACUUAAAGAUAACAGCCAAGAUCUGCGUGUUUGGUAAUCUAAAGGGUGUCAUGUCCAAUAAAACUCACUGUGUCUUCUUAAUUGUGCCAUGAAUAUACUCCUAAUAUUAAAUAUAAAGAGAUUAAAUGUGUUUUAAAGUUAGAUGAAAAGUCACCUCAUCCCUUUGAUAAAAAAAAAAAUGUUCAUUGUUGCUCCUGAUUGUGAACGAGCAAUAAUAAAUAUUUUAGUGUGAGGUUUCCACAACCGACAGAGUAGAGCAUGUGCAAGCAUUCUUCUCUGCUGUAGAUGUCUGUGUGUGCAGAUUUGAAUAUUUGUAGAUGGGGAUGAACAAACCCAUUUGGAAGAGAAGCGAAGAGCAGACCUGCAAAGAGCGCUAUGUAGCCUUACUUCUUGCAUAUCAGAUAAAUUUACGUGUACAAGGUUGCUUUGGAGUGGUUGUUUUACUGUGGAAAUUGUCACGUGAUGAAUGCAGGGUCAUUGCAUUUGUAUGGUUAUAUAUUUUGAACUGCAUUGUUACAUCCUCUCUUUUGAUUACUUUAAUUUUCCUUUUCUUUAAGACUUAAUCUUCGCUAUGAAGAUAACCCUACUGUAUUAACUUCAUGGAAGUUAGUUUUUGUUGGGAGCAAGCAAGUUUUCUCUUCUCUCAAUCUCUCUGCGUUAGUAUUUCUUGUUUCUGAAGAGUUUUUCUCAUUUCUUUUGUGAAUUUGUAUAUCCCUUAGCCAGGUUAGUAGCAUAUCUUUUCCUUUUGAUUUCAAAUCUUGUAAAUUUAUUGUACGUCUCAAGAAGUAUCUUGGUUUAUGUGAUAAACUUUGAAAGGAUGUAUGGAGGUUGAUUUUUUUCAUUUGUGUUUCUGCACUGUCCUCUUGAGGAAACUGUCAUGUGAAUGUUGCUAAUGGAUCAAAUCUGGCGACUCUUUAGUCGUAGCCUAGCUGAAGAAUCAAGGUUUUCCUAGAAAUAAGUAUUCUUCGUUUAUUCUAAUAAGACUGCUCUUGUGUGGCAUCAAAGCGAUUGAUUGUGUAUUUUGUCAUCUGUUGUAUGCUGCAAAGUCAACCCAACCUCCCCUUACCACCAAUUUUUAGUUUCCAUGUGGCAUUUUUCUGAUAUUGUUAUUUCAAGAAAAACAGACACCAAAGCUUAUGUAUAGUCAUGUUAGACACCAGAGUAAGUGAAAAAGAACUGUGACCAAUACUUUAUAAUAUGUUUAUACUUUUUUUGUUUUGUUUUUAUUUCAUGUUGUACAGAAGUAUUUGGUCUGAUACGAUUGAUAAACCGUUAACUAUGUCCUUUUUAGUUUCAAGUUCUUAUAAACCUUAGCUCUUCUUCAUUGUCUAUUUGGUGCAAAACCAUGUUUCUAAGUCCAAGUUGUAGAACAAGUUUUUCUUUUUAAAUUUUUUUUUUUGUAAGUGUACAUUUAUAAGAUACAUUAGAAAGUUAUCACCUCCGCAGGUGUGAAGACUGAAAACAUUGUGCAUCAUGGUUCAUGAUGUCCUGGUGAAAAAUAUUCCUUACAUCUGCCGAGACCAGUAUCUCGUAAGCUGCUGAGUAACAAAAAGUGACUUCAAUAAAAGUAAGCUUCUCGGAUCAUGUUGACCAUGGUCGGAAGCUGCGUAUAUAUAUAUAAAAAAAAGCUCAAAACAACAAAAUGCAAAAAACUUGUAUGUGUGCUUCUGUAUACAAACUUAUUAUUAUUCUUUGACAUCUCUCUAAGUGGCCUCCCUGCUUACGGUAACAGGAAUGGAGACAAUGCUGACAAGUUUUUGUAUCAAGCAACUCAAAAAAAGUAAUAAAAAUAUGCAAAUUAA